AUGGAAAAUACAUGUAAUUGCCUUUUCUGUACAAAAUUUAGUUCAGAAAUUAAAACUAACAAAAACGUUUCAUUAAUUGAUUUGUGCCGAUAUGCCUUUUUAUCAAUGGACAAUAACCAAGACGUAAAGUUUAUUAAAAUUGAUGACUUGUAUAACUUUUUUGAACGUCAUUGGGAUAUUGUUUGCCAUUUAAAAGAAUUUAAAAAGGAGUCUUGGAAAAAAGAAGUUUAUGUUACUCUGAGUACAUCUGAUUAUUUUCAAAAUAAAAUUAAUGAGUCUCAAGAAACCAGCUAUUGGCAAUUAAAAGAUUUUACUAUUCCUGAAAUAACUAACAAACCUAAAACACAACAAUCAGAUGAACCCUCUGUUAGUUAUCGUAUAGUUAAGAGAAAUUUCAAACUAAAAGAAAAACCUUCAAUAAUUCCAAAAACACAAUAUAAGAAAGAGGUGGUAAGACCUAUCUUAGAUCCAUAUUAUCCUGAAAACUUUUAUAUAAAUCAAGAUUUCUAUACCAACAAUUCUGACUACAUAAAAAAAAUUUAUCAAAUUAUGCAGAGUUAUGACUAA